GGUCUGUGAAAUGGAGAUCUGUCUUUCAGGUUUUUCUUUAUGCUUUUCAAGAAUCUGUGCAUUUGGCAGAAAACAUUGUUUUGCAGCACGUUUUUACUCUUGUGGGAGGGCAGAGAUGUAAGUGGCUUUCUGCUUGUCUAACAGCCUUCAUGCAGUGCCCUCCACCACCACAGCUUUGCCUUUGGAAGCUGGCAGACUUUGCAUUUCCUAUUAAUGGAGAACAUCUGUGGAGCCACACAGCUGGGAAGGACUUUGGAACUGUAACUCCUGCCUGUGGUUAUUAGCAGCAGCUGGAGCCCACCUGUUGUGGCAGCGUGACAGCUUAGUUGUGCUGGGGUUGUUUGCACUGUGCUUUCCUUGUGUGCUUCUCAGUGCAGGCUCUUUGGUUUCUGUUUUUACCAGACUAGGCUCUUGUUCCAGCUGUUCUUAGCAUUUCCUCCUAUGGAACCAACAAGGACCACUCUGUUCCAUGCUGAGCAUUCCUUGCAGCCUUAUGCCUGAGCUGUCUGCCCUUUAAAUGCUUUUUGCAUUGGAAGUCCUGGAAAAUUCCUCUCCAGAAGCACCUGUAUGAGAGCCUAUAAAUCCCACCCAUCAUCCAAAAGGAGCAGCCUGCUUUGCACAGCACUUCGGGGCUGCCUGGGUUAAGAAGCAAGCCCUGAGUUUGUGAAACUUCAAAACCAGCUCUCUAAUUCUCAUCCCUCAUUGGAAACAGUGCAAACUUCACCUUUCCAGGAACAAGACACUAUCCACGUAGUGGGAGGCACCCACAGUCACAACGCACUGCUUUGUUGGACGGACGUGCAGCUCUGCCCCGGCACAUCACACAGUGCCUGAAUACCUCAUUAACACUGCUAAUAAUUGCGAUAACUACAGGUUUGACACGCAGCCCUGUGGGGCUCAGCGCUGAGCAAACUUCACUUCGGAGCUUUGCUUCUCACGUCCAGCCGGCAGCACUGGCUGACAAAAUAACAAAACGGCUCGCUGUGGCUGUCGCUGUUCUAUGCACCGCUAAGGCCGGGCCGUAGGACCGCCGCGCUGCCGGCAACGGGGCGCGGAUCCGCACGGCGACUGCCGGCAACGGCUCGGCUCCGCCCCGCGGCGCUGUGCGCGUGACGUCAUCAGCCGGCGGCGGAAGUGACGCUGCGUGCGGCGCUGCCCGUCGGUGUCCGGUCGCGACGGCGGAUUCUUGGAAAGUGAAAACCUUGGAUGAAAUCCUUCAGGAAAAGAAACGCAGGAAGGAGCAAGAGGAGAAAGCAGAGAUAAAGCGCAUGAAAAACUCGGAUGAUAGGGAUUCAAAGCGGGAUUCUCUUGAAGAGGGGGAGCUGAGAGAUCACCGCAUGGAGAUCACGAUCCGCAAUUCGCCGUACCGCAGGGAGGACUCCAUGGAGGACAGAGGAGAAGAAGAUGAUUCAUUGGCUAUAAAACCACCACAGCAAAUGUCACGGAAAGAAAAAACCCAUCAUAGAAAAGAUGAGAAGAGGAAAGAGAAACGGAGACACCGCAGUCAUUCAGCAGAAGGGAAGCAUGCCAGAGUGAAGGAGAAAGAACGGGAACAUGAGCGUAGGAAGAGGCAUAGAGAAGAGCAGGAUAAAGCCCGACGUGAGUGGGAAAGGCAGAAACGGAGAGAAAUGGCGAGGGAGCAUUCCAGGAGGGAGAGAGAUCGCCUGGAGCAACUUGAGAGAGAACGAGAGAGAAAAAUCAGAGAGCAGCAGAAAGAACAAAGGGAGCAAAAAGAGCGUGAAAGGAGAGCUGAAGAAAGGCGUAAGGAACGGGAAGCCAGAAGAGAAGUUUCUGCACACCAUAGAACAGUGAGGGAAGAAUAUGGAGACAAAGUGAAAAUGAGACCCUGGAGUCGCAGCCCAUUACGACAGCAGAGAGACAAGCCUGAGCAAGCAGAUAGCAGGAAACCAGUGAAAGAAGAGAAACCAGAAGAAAGAGACCCUCUUUCAGACUUGCAAGACAUCAGUGACAGUGAGAGGAAAACAAGCUCAGCUGAGUCUUCAUCAGCAGAGUCUGGGUCGGGCUCAGAAGAAGAGGAAGAAGAGUCGAGCAGUGAAGGAUCUGAGGAAGAGGGAGAAGAAGAGGAGGAGGAGGAGGAGGAGACAGGGAGCAAUUCUGAGGAGGUGUCAGAGCAAUCAGCUGAAGAGGUGAGCGAAGAAGAAAUGAGUGAAGAGGAAGAACGAGAGAAUGGAAACCACAUCCCAGUUGUUACAGAGUCGAGGUUUGAUCGCGAUUCAGCGGGCAGUGAGAUUGAGGAAGAGGAGGUGGGAGAGGGCAGCCCUCAGUCCAACGCGAUGACAGAAGGAGACUAUGUUCCUGACUCACCUGCUUCUUCCCCUAUUGAACUGAAACAGGAGCUUCCUAAAUAUCUUCCUGCACUUCAGGGGUGUCGUAGUGUGGAGGAGUUUCAGUGUUUGAACAGGAUUGAAGAGGGAACAUAUGGUGUGGUGUACAGAGCAAAAGACAAAAAGACUGAUGAAAUCGUGGCUCUGAAGCGACUGAAGAUGGAGAAGGAAAAGGAAGGCUUCCCCAUCACUUCUCUCAGAGAAAUAAAUACUAUUCUGAAAGCACAACACCUGAAUAUCGUCACUGUCAGAGAAAUCGUUGUAGGUAGUAAUAUGGAUAAAAUCUAUAUUGUUAUGAACUACGUAGAACAUGAUCUCAAGAGUCUGAUGGAAACAAUGAAGCAACCAUUUCUACCAGGUGAAGUGAAAACCUUGAUGAUUCAGUUACUACGAGGAGUCAAGCAUCUUCAUGACAACUGGAUACUUCACCGGGACUUGAAAACUUCCAACCUGCUGCUCAGUCAUUCAGGCAUUUUAAAGGUUGGAGAUUUUGGAUUGGCCCGAGAAUAUGGAUCUCCACUGAAGCCUUACACACCAGUGGUGGUGACACUUUGGUACAGGGCUCCGGAGUUGUUGCUUGGAGCCAAGGAAUAUUCAACAGCGAUAGACAUGUGGUCCGUAGGGUGUAUCUUUGGAGAACUCUUAACUCAGAAGCCACUGUUUCCAGGGAAGUCAGAAAUUGAUCAGAUUAACAAAGUUUUUAAGGAUCUGGGUACUCCAAGUGAAAAAAUCUGGCCUGGUUACAAUGAGCUGCCAGCAGUAAAGAAGAUGACGUUCACAGAAUAUCCCUAUAACAAUCUACGCAAGAGAUUUGGAGCACUCCUCUCUGAUCAGGGCUUUGAUCUCAUGAACAACUUUUUGACGUACUACCCAGCCAGAAGAAUUACUGCUGAAGAUGGUUUGAAGCAUGAGUAUUUCCGUGAGACUCCCCUUCCUAUUGACCCCUCCAUGUUUCCUACAUGGCCAGCCAAAAGUGAACAACAAAGGGUGAAACGUGGCACCAGCCCCCGCCCACCCGAGGGAGGCCUUGGGUACAGUCAGUUGGGCGAUGAUGAUCUGAAAGACACCGGUUUUCAUCUGACCACCACGAACCAAGGAGCAUCUGCUGCUGGGCCUGGAUUCAGCCUCAAGUUUUAAAUUCAGUGAGAAGAGGGAAAAAAGAGAACCGUUCACGUGAGUGGAUUUCUGAGUGCCCCAGUUCUGUUCUUCACAUCAGGGAAACUAGAUGGUUUUCACCGGGGUAAAGUCAGAUGUCAUCCCAGAUUCAAAGACUUUUGCUGGGUGUGGAGUAUAACUGCUGCAUUCCAUUAAAGGACUGGAAUUAACAGGAAAAGCCAAGGAUCGUUAUAAAAUUUGAUAAAGGAAAACUUGAAGUACAAUCCUUGAUCCCUUUUUUUCCUUUUUUUUUUUUUUUGUUCUUGUUGUUUUCUCCUUGUAAAUUUGUAGAAUUAAAAUACGUUUUUAAUUGUUUAACAGCGUGAAGGAUGUCAUUUCCUCACAUGCAGCAAAUGUGGAUGUUGGUGGCACUAAGUCUUCUAGAGUGGAAACGUGAGGAUUUUUUUUUUUUAAUUUCUCUUUUCUCCCCCAGUCUGUGCUGAUAUUGUUGUAG